CUGACUGCGUCUUCUCUGCGCGUCUCAGUGCGCCUGAGGUCGCUGUUCUGAGCGUCACCUCUCCCUCUUCUCUUUCGAUUUUGGAGUGAAAAUGGAGAAACACUGCAUGGGCUCACAAGUCAAAGGAGUCAGCACAGGGACCACCAUCCUGGCUGCCACUUUUAAUGGAGGGGUCGUGAUUGGUUCAGAUUCCAGGGCUUCCAUUGGAGGGGAAUAUGUAUCAUCUAAGACAAUCAACAAGGUGAUUCAGGUUCAUGACCGGAUCUUCUGCUGCAUUGCUGGCUCACUUGCAGAUGCUCAGGCCGUCACUAAGGCUGCAAAGUUCCACCUGUCCUUCCACAGUGUCCAGAUGGAGACUUCUCCACUGGUAAUAGCAGCAGCAUCUGUGCUGAAAGAACUGUGUUACAAUAACAAAGACGAGCUGCAGGCUGGCUUCAUCACAGCUGGCUGGGACAGGAAAAAAGGACCACAGGUUUAUGUCGUGUCUCUAGGUGGGAUGUUAGUCGGACAGCCGGUUACCAUUGGUGGCUCAGGCAGCACUUACAUCUACGGCUACGUUGACGCUAAAUACAAACCCAACAUGAGCAGAGAGGAAUGCCUACAGUUUGCCACUAAUGCUCUUGCUCUGGCCAUGGGUAGAGACAAUGUCAGCGGAGGCGUGGCUCAUCUGGUGGUGAUCACGGAAACUGGGGUGGAGCAUGUAGUUGUACCUGGUGACAAACUGCCAAAGUUCCAUGAUGAGUGACCACCUUUAAGCUACCAAUAAAAUUUGAUAUUUUUUUCCAA